CAGAACGGCAGAAGGAAGAAAGAGAUUAUAAUAAAGAAGAAAAAGACUCUCUCUCUCUGUCUCUCCAUUUUGCCCUUGCCAAUCUUCUUAUUUCCCAUUUUUACCCAUCUGAUCUUAUUCAAAUCGUAGCGAGUCUCUGUAAUUAGGGUUAAAAUGCAAAAGCCGUUGAAAUUCUUGCAUUGAAAUUAGGUUUUUUUCUCUCUCUAGAAAUCGGAAGUAUCUGAUGAGGAUCUGUUGAUUGAAUUGCUGGAGUGCGUCGAAAUCGGCGGUGAGAUCGAGAUGGAGAGGAACAAGAAUCGUACGGGCAUGCUUGCGGCGGGCCGCAAAAAGCUUGAACAAUUUAGACAGAAGAAGGAAGGCAAAGGUAGUAGUAGUACUCGAGGAAAGGCCUCUGAUAAAUCUAGUAAAAGUGGGUCCAGCACCGAUGCUGACCUGGCACCAGUUGCUGAUAUGGUGCCUGUGGAUGAUUUUUCAGCGUCGGAUUUGGCCGAGGGUGGGAGUAUACCAGUUCUAGAUGCCGAUGUGGCAUCUGCUGGUGGGUCAGUUGUGGUCACGGAUGCUGAGUUGGCAACUGCUGAUUCGUUGGUUUCUGCUUCCGCUUUGGGCGAGAUGGGGGAAGGGGAAACUGGCAUCAUGCGCGCUGCUGCUGAUUCGGUUGAUGGAGGAGCAGCCAUGGUGAAAACUGGUGCUGACCAUGUUACUGUGGAUUUGUCGGUUCCACUGGUUGUGGAGAAGAUGGAUGGAGGGGCUGAGUUGGAUAUAGUUGAUUCGUACCUCCCACCGGCUGCACCAAUGGUGGAUGGAAGGGAUGAGGAGUUGGUGCCUGCAAAGGUGGAUGAGGGGGAUGUUGAGACUGAUGAUUCGUCAGCUCGGUUGGUUGCAGCAGAGGUGGAUGAGGGGCAUGACAAAUUGCCACCUGUUGAUUCAUCUGUUCCACCAGUAAUGGCAGAGGCAGAUGAAGAGAAUGCUGAAUUGGCAUCUUCGGUGGAGGCUGGUCAAGUGGGUGUGGAAAUAGACAGAGUCGGAGUUGCACAACUGGAUAGAGCAGUGUUAGAUGAGGAAGCUCAAUGUUCAGGUUUGGAUCAAUGUGAUGGGAGCAGCGAUGUCAGUCAUGGGGCUUUGCAAGAUUGUGGCGAGAGCUCUGAAGUUGGGUCAUCGAGGAUGGGAAUUGAAAGGGAUGGGAGUCUUGCUGUGUCCAAUGCUGUGGUGGGAGAUGUGGUGAGUACAGCUCAAGAAGCAGAUGGGCAUUCUGUUUUGGACGACAUUAUCAUGGAGGCUGAAGGAACUGCUGCUGUCAUUGAGCCUGGAGAGACAUCAGGCUCUAAGGGUGAGGAUAUUGGUGGGAACUAUGAUCGUGGUGAAAAUAUGGGUGCACCAUCUUCAUCCCAAGAUUUUGCAACUGUGCAGGAAAGGGGAGUUGGGUCGUCGAGGAUGGAAAUUGAAAAGGAUGGGAGUCUUGCUGUGUCUGAUGCUAUGGUGGGUGAUGCGGUGAGUACUGCUCAAGAAGCAGAUGGGUCUUCUGUUUCGGACGGCGUUACCAUGGAGGCGGAAGGAACUGCUGCUGUCAUCGAGCCUGGAGAGACAUCAGGGUCUAAGGGGGAGGAUAUUGGCAGGAACUACGAUCGUGGUGAAAAUAUGGGCGUGCCAUCUUCGUCCCAAGAUUUUGCAACUGUGCAGGAAAGGGGAGUUGGUGAAGGAGUGCACAAGCAGCAGCAUUUUCCAGAGGAUGCUACUGUUAUUGUCAGUACAAGCACGGAAGAGCUUCUGGAAGAACAAAAGGCAAGUGCGUUGGGAAGACAGACUAUUUCUCUGGCGAAGGUACUGGAGGGGCUUGAGGAAGAGGAAGUCCGGUUCCUACUUAAAUCAAGAGAAUCAGCUUCUAUGGCAGGUGUAGUUGGUAUUGGUAACAGAACUCUACUUGAAGCUAGCUUUGCCAACAGCGUGGAGAAUCUUAAACAGCAACUUUUCUUGACAAAUGUCGAGAAAGACUGUCUCCAUUGGCAGCUUGCUGAACAGAUUGAGGUACAGAUGGAAUCUGAUCAGCAUGAUAGGCAGUUGCUUGAUGAAGUAUCCAAGCUUCAAGCUUUAGUUAAAGAAUCUAAAGAAAGGAAUACAAGCAUCAGUGAAGAACUCAUGCAGUGUAGGUCUGAGCUCCAGGCUAUGGCUGCUGGAAAGGAGGAGCUUGAAAUCCAAUUCCUUUCUGCGAGAGGUGAUAUUGAGGAACAUAAAGGAAGGGCUUCUGAGUUGCAGGAUAAACUGGAACAGUCGCAAAAAGAGGAGGCACACCUGUUGGUGGAAUUGGCUAACUGCAAGAAUUUACUGGGAAUGUUACAAACGGAAAAUGCAAGGUUAACUGGGAAUCUCAUUUCAGCAACGGAGGAGAGAAAGAAGCUUGAGGCAGAGCAAGAAUACUUUGCGAGCGAGAACAAGAAACUUGCUGCAGAGUUGUCCGAGCAUAAAGAACGUUUGGUUAUCAUGCAUGACACACAAAUGCAGCUUGAGGCUGGCCUUGAAGAAGCCAUGUUGAGCCUUGAACGACUCACUGAAGAUAAUAACUAUCUGUCUAGCAGUUUAGAUUUACACAAGGAGAAGGUAAAAGAGUUUGAUGACAGGUAUCAGCAGUUAAUUGCUCAAGCUGAGGAGGCUGGGAAUAAACUGGAAAGCUCUGUUGUGCUGGGUGUCAUCAGUGAUAAAGCAAUUGAAGAUUCUCAGCUAGUAAUUGAAAAUUUUUAUGGAGAUGAUGUCUCCAGAGCUGUCCAGGAAUCUGAAAUGCUUAGCCAUGCACGGGGGUUGUUGCUUCCGUCAAUUGAAAGGAAAGAUUUCGGUGAUUCUGUUGGAUUGCAUGCCUUAAAGGGACACAUGGAAGAGGCUAAGGAAGUGGUGCAGAAGCUUGAAAAGGCAAUUCAAGGGAUGCACUCUCAGUCAGCAUCCUUAAGGUCAGGUGGUAAGACCUCUGCUUCUGGAGUAUCAAAACUAAUUCAAGCCUUUGAGUCGAAGGUCCAACAGGAUGAUACAGUUUCAGAUGAUGUGCCUUUGACUGAAGGAAAACAUUCUGCAGAUCCAUUCGAGUUAGCACAGGAACAGACAUCAAGUCUUAGAGCAGUGCUGGAGCGGUUUGAUCUGGAUGUGGAAAAGGCUAAUGAACUAUUUGAGCAAGAGCAGGACAGCAAAAGACUUGCUACUGUGGCAUUGAAGGAGCUCGAAGUUGAGCAUGAAGCCCAAAGGCAACGGAACAACGAUAUUGAAGGAAAGAGCAGUGAACUUGUUGAGAAAUUGGCUAAAUAUGAAUCGGUAAUUGAUGAUCUUCUGAAUCAGCUUAAUGAAAUUCAGAGAAGUGCUGAUGAAAUGGCUGGCAUCAUCUUAAAUAAUGCAGAAAGUCUGCGGAAGGAGGUGGCUGAUAAGACAUCUGUUCUUGAGCAAGAGCAGAUGUCUCUUACUGGUGCUAUUUCUGAGGCCAUUGAAAAGCUUAACUUGUGUAUUGGAUUGGUUGUCUCCCCAAGUUCAGCCAGUUCUGAGAAGCCAGAUGUGGGUGCCCUUACCAUCAAGGUGGUUGAUGCCAGCAUAAAAGCCAUUGAAGGUCUGCACAAGAAACUUGAAGCAGCUUAUCUGGAGCAAGAAAGAAUCUUAAAACAAGUAGAAAGCCUGCAGAAGGAAGUGGCUGACAAGACAUCUAUUCUUGAGCAAGAACAGAUGUCUCGUAUGGGGACUAUUUCUGAGGCCAUUGAAAAGCUCAACUCGUGUACCGGGCUGGUUGUCUCCCCAAGUUCAGCCAAUUCUGAGAAGCCAGAUGUUGGUGCCCAUGCCACCGAAGCAGUCAAUGCUGCCAUAAAAGCCAUCGAAGGUCUGCACAAGAAACUUGAAGCAGCUUAUCUGGAGCAUGAAAGAAUCCAAAAUGCUCAUGAGGAAUUAAAUCGGAAUUUUGUUGACAUGCAAGGAAGGAAUGAAGCAGCUGUUGGUAUACUGAAUCAGAUUUAUAGUGGCCUCAGGCAACUUGCAAAUGACUCAUCUGGAAAUGUAGAGGCAAGUGAAACAAAUAUAAAAUAUGAGGAACUGCUAGAUCUUGUACCCAGUAAUUGUAAAAGGCUUAUGGAGCAACUACAGAAGUUGCUGGAUGAGAGGCAUGAACUCCUGUGUUCAAAAAAUGAGCUUGAGUCUGAGCUGAUGAAGACAACCCAAGCUAUAGGAGAGUCGAACCAAAGAUGUGUUGAUCUAGGUAGUAAGGUGGAAGAGCUUGAGUCUGAGCUGAUGAAGAGAACCCAGGCUAUGCAAGAACUGAACAAAAGAUGUGUUGAUUUAGGUAAUAGGGUGGAAGAGCAAAAAAGUAAUGCACAUCCAGAAGCCAUUGCCCAGUUGGUCAAAGAUGUUGUGGCUAUAAUUCAUCCCGAGGAUAUGGCAAUUGACUCGGAAAUGAUACCGAUAAGGCGUCUAGAGGCUUCGGUUGCUUUACUUCUACAGAAAUACAGAGAAGCAGUGGAGCAGGUCAGCUUGUCGAAGGACUGCUUACGGGAGUUUAUCUCGACACCGGAGUGUUCUGCUGAGGAUGGUAUGGUUCCAUUGCAUACCUUCUUGAAGGAAGAGGUUGGUUCGAAGUUGAUGGAAUUGAAUGAGUUGAAGCAAAAGAUGCUCCAGUUGGACUCUUCGAAUCUUCAUGAAGAUGAUGAGGUGUGCAUUCUCAAGGAAAAUUUAAGUAAGGCCGAAGAGGCCCUCAAAGUGGCUCGUUCAGAAUUACACGCUAAAGGAACUGAACUCGAACAAUCAGAGCAGAGGCUAUCAUCUGUCAGGGAGAAGCUCGGCAUAGCUGUUGCAAAGGGGAAAGGUUUGAUCGUGCAGCGGGACAGUCUAAAACAGUUGUUGGCAGAGAAGUCAAGUGAGCUUGAAAAGUGCAUGCAAGAAUUAGAGUCAAAAGAUGUCAUACUUCAUGAGGUCGAAUCAAAACUCAAGGCCUAUUCAGAGGCAGGUGAGCGUGUUGAGGCUCUAGAAACUGAGCUGUCAUACAUUCGGAAUUCAGCCACCGCAUUGAGAGAAUCCUUUCUCAUUAAGGAUUCUAUUCUUCAAAGGAUUGAAGAGAUAUUGGAGGACUUAGAGUUGCCUGAGCAUUUCCAUUCCAGAGACAUAAUCGAAAAAAUCGAGUGGCUGGCAAGAUCAAUCACGGGGAAUUCUUUGCCUUUAACUGACUGGGAUCAGAAAAAUUCUGUGGGGGGAUCUUAUUCUGAUGGUGGUUUUGUGGUUAUGGAUGCCUGGAAGGAAGACUUACAACCAAGCUCAAAUCCAGGGUUUGAUGAUUUGAGAAGAAAAUAUGACGAGCUCCAAAGUAAGUUUUAUGGCUUGGCUGAGCAUAAUGAGAUGCUGGAACAGUCAUUGGUGGAAAGGAACAACCUUGUGCAGAGGUGGGAAGAGGUGUUGGACAGAAUCGAUAUGCCUCUGCAGUUGAGGUCAAUGGAGCCAGAAGAGAAGAUCGAGUGGUUAGGAAGAGCACUUUCUGAGGGUCAGCUCAUUAGAGAUGCUUUCCAGGUGAAGAUUGAGAACCUCGAGAUCUCUUCGGAUUCACUAAUAGCUGAACUGGAAGAGUCACAAAAGAAACUGGCCGAUCUUGAGGCCAAGCUUGCAGCUGUUACACGUGAAAAAGAGCUUCUUUCUGAAAGCAUGGAGAAGCUUACAUGUGAGAAUCAUAAAAUGUCAGAGAAGGCAGUUCAAGACGAAUCUGGCAAAAGCAAUUUGCUCAAGGAAGUAGCUGAUUUGCAGGAGAAAUUGGCUGAGAACCUUGAAAAUUAUCACUGUAUUGAAAGUGACAUCAAGAGAUUACAGGGCUUAGUGAAUGACGCCUUGCUGGAUCACGAUCUGGCAGACAAUGUUGUUGGCAUCAGUAAUACCGAGCAUUUGGAAGGACUGCUUAGGAAGCUAAUAGAUAACUACAUGGCCUUCUGUUUGGAGAAAUCUAUGCGUAAAGACACUGAGAUGGAACACGUUACUGAUGAAGCUGGUACAGCACCUGCUGAACAGGGACUGAAAGAUUUGCUGGAUACCAAGGAGCAGGAAUUAUUGCUUCUGAAGGAAGAGCUUGAGGUGGCUUUGGGUAAUUUGGUCCUUUUGAAGGAGGAGAAGGAUACAACUUUGCAGAAGUAUCAGUCGUUGAUUUCAGAAAGAGAAGCAAUCUGUAAAGAGAGGGAUGAUCUGCAAGAACAACUCAAGCAAGAGGAGCAAAAAUCUGCAUCUGCAAGAGAGAAGUUAAAUGUUGCUGUUAGAAAAGGCAAAGGGUUAGUACAACAGCGGGAUGGUUUGAAACAAACAAUUGAGGAGAUGCAUACUGAACUUGAACGCUUAAAGAAUGAGUUUAGCCAGCGAGAAAAUACUCUUUUGCAGUAUGGACAGAAAAUCCAGGACUUGUCAGCCUACGCAGAGAAGGUCGAGGCUCUGCAAGCUGAAAAUUCAAUAUUGAGGAAUCGGUUGACAGAGACUGAGCACAGUUUGCAGGAUAGUGGCCAAACCUUGAGUGGUUUAUUGACUGCAUUACAUGCCAUUGAUGUUGGGGGUCAGGUGAGUUCCAAUGACCCUGUGCAGAAGAUGGAAGGGAUCGGGAAACUGAGUCGCGAUUUGCAUGCAGCAGCAGUUUCCUCUGAGCACGAAGCAAAGAAAUCUAAAAGAGCGGCCGAGCUACUUCUUGUGGAGUUGAAUGAGGUUCAGGAUAGAGCUGACAGCCUCCAAGAGGAUCUGGAGAAAGCACAAGCUGCAGCUACGGAGCUCUCCAAACAAAGGGAGAAAGUGGAGACUGCAAGAAUUGAAGCUGUUUCGAAUCUCGAACAGUUCAUCACUGCCCGUGAAGUGGAAAGGAGAAGGCAACAUGCCGACUUUAUGGAGUUGAAGGCUGGUGUUGAUCAACUGCUGGAGGAGUGUUUUGGGUUUGCUAAUCUUCUAAAUAAUGUGUUUUCAAAGGACCUGGAGCUCUUGCGCAAUGUUGAGGUUGGUAUGGUGUCUUUCUUGAAACAGAUGAAUAGCAUGAAUGCUGUCAGCCGGCCUCUCCAAAAUGCAUCUGGAGAUGCCUUCUCUAGUAUUCCGGUAAAUGAGGGGAAGAUUUCUGGAUCUGGUUCUUUCUUAGAUCUGAAUAUGCAAGAUGGAAGUGCCAUAACUGAAGUUGUUGGUAUUGUUGGCCAUGGCUUGCGAGAAUGCAUGAAAAAGAUCAAUGAUCUGAAGAGAAAGUGCCACACAUAUUCUACUGCUUUUGAGAAACAAGCUGCACGCCUGCCUGAAAUCAUGGAGACUAUUCGAAGAGAAGUAUCUUCUCAAAAAGAAUCUUCAGAAUCUUUAAAGAAAGAUGUCACUCAUCUUGAGUCAUUGAGAACGGAAAAGGAUGCUGAAAUCAAUAUGGUGCAGAAAAACAUUGCUCUGCUCUAUGAAGCAUGCAGCAGGUCACUUUUGGAAAUUGAGAAUCGAAAAGCCCAUAUGAUUGGAAAUGGUUUGACCUCCGGAGUUCAUUUAUCAGGAAAUACUGGGACGACCUUGCUUAUGCGCUUUGACCGAAAAGAAACUGUUGAUGGACGAACCCUUUCUUUCACAGAGGAAUCUAUUAGGACAAUGGCAGAUGCCCUUUUGUCAGCUGUAAAGGGGUCAGCAAAUACUCAGGCAGAACUUGUAGAGAGCAAUGAAAGGGAACUGAAAGCCACCGUAUCUCAUUUGCAGAAUGAACUUCAGGAGAAGGACAUCCAAAGAAACAGGAUUUGUUCAGAGCUUGUAACUCAAAUCAAGGAAGCUGAAGCUACUGCAAAGAGUUACAUAGUGGAUCUUGAAUCUGCCAACACGCAGGUGCAUAAUUUGGAGAAGCAGUUAGAAUCAAUGAAGAAUGAGCAGAGAUUACUUGAGACAAGAGUUAACGAGCUAAGGGAUUAUGAGUCCACGUCAAAAGGGUUACAGGAGGAGAUCAGAUCCAUGAAUGGUGCUCUAAGUGCCAAAGAUCAAGAGAUUGAGAGCCUAAUGCAAGCACUUGAUGAAGAAGAGUCACAGAUGGAAGAUUUGUCCAGCCGGAUUGAGGAACUGGAGAAGGUUGUGCAACAAAAAAAUCUGGCACUGGAGAACCUUGAAGCUUCUCGGGGUAAAGCUAUGGCAAAGCUUUCUACAACUGUAAGCAAGUUUGACGAGUUACAUCAUCUGUCAGAGAGCCUUCUCUCGGAGGUUGAAAAUCUUCAAACACAAUUGCAAGGUCGGGAUGCAGAGAUCUCAUUCCUACGUCAAGAGGUGACUCGGUGUACCAAUGAUGUUCUAAGUUCGCAGGAGAACAGCAAGAGGAAUUCAACUGAUGUGCAGGAUUUAAUGACAUGGUUAAACAUGAUGGUUUCACGUUUUGGGGUGUAUGAUGUGCAUCUUGAUGAUCAGAAGGGAAAUCAAAUUCAUGCAUUCACUGAAGUUCUAGAAAAACAUAUUACAUCAGCACUGUCUGAAUUAGAUGAUUUAAGGUUGCUUGCUCAAAGCAAAGAUGCUUUGUUGCAAGCAGAAAGGAGUAAAUUUGAGGAGCUGUUGCAUAAGGGGGAAAUUCUUGAGAUUUCUCUACAUGAGAAGGAAUCCCAACUAGCAUUAUUGCAAGGAGCAGGAGGUUCUGGGCAACCAUCUAAUAUGAACACCUCGGAAACAUUGGAUGUUGAACCACUGAUAAAUAAAAGGGUGGGCCCUGUUCGCAGUAUUCGCAAAGCCAACAAUGACCAAGUUGCUAUAGCAAUAGACACGGAGUCUGGUAGUAGUAUGUUAGACGAUGAAGAUGAUGAUAAAGUGCAUGGCUUCAAGUCGCUUACCAUGUCAAGGAUCGUCCCUAGAGUUACGAGACCCAUUGCAGACAAGAUCGAUGGGAUAUGGGUCUCAGGCGAGCGGAUGCUAAUGAGGCAGCCUACUCUAAGGCUUGGAGUUGUAAUCUAUUGGUUUAUGCUACAUAUAUUACUUGCAACAUCUAUUUUUUGAGAAAGAAUCCUACAGGUAGGCUUCAAGUUAGGCAAGCAACGAUGAAAUGGGUCACCCCUUGGAAAAAAAAAAAGAAAAAAAGAAAAAGCCUCUGAAUCAUCUUGUGUAAACAACGAUUUUGUUUUAUUAGAUUAGAUAUGACCUGGUAAUUUACAUUAUUUUGGCCAUACAGGCAGCUGUGAUUUUCCUCCUCUUUUUUUGGGUUGUAUAAAUCUCAGUGUGCCCUGGUUUGCUUUCAAUAAAAGCGCGCGAUUCCAUCAGCGGAGCCCACUUCAGCUAUUCAUCUCACACUCAAAAGAGCCAUACAAGCAAAAACCCUAUCAGUUGGCUCUCCUUAGUUGUGUACAUCUGUUAUACAUUUUACAUCUCUUCCUAUAUUUUCUACACGCUGUUAUGAAUUUCUUCUUUCUUGGAAUUCAUUUAAAGGUUGUCAGCUGCA